AUGCUCCCCAGCCCGGCCACCUCCACUCCCUUCUCGGUCAAGGACAUCCUCAAGCUGGAGCAGCGCUUCGGCGCCCCCCUCGAGCCUCCCUUCCCCGGGGCCUCCUGCCUGCUGGGCUGCCGCUUCUCCGACGGGGAGGACGACGACGAGGACGAGGAGAAAGGGCCCUUCCUGGCCUCCAUGGCGGCGGCGGCGGCGGCGACCAAGGGCCCAGGGGAUGCGGCGGGGCUCUCGCCCGGCAGCUACGUGCAGGCGGUGCUGCGGGGCACCUGCCAGCCCAAGGAGGAGCCGGCGCCGGCCUGCGAGGCGGCCAGCGGCGCAGAGACCGACCUCACCGCCAAAGGGGCCCCCAGCAGAGCUGGCGGCAACAAGCCCGGCUUCUCUCGCCUCCCCAGCCGGAACUCUCCAGGCCUCUCUGCUCGAUGUAGUCCGAAACCCCAAGGCCGCCGCUUUCCUGGGCAGCCUGAGGGGAUGGGACUGCCUUCGGAGAAGACUCGCUCCUUCUGGCCGGGCAGCCGGCUCCGCUGGGCCCCGAAGGAGCAGCCUCUGAGCUCUGCGGGCGCUCAGCCUCUGCGUGGAGUCGGGCCGCUCCAUUCGCUAGCCGAGAGGGUGGGAGAUGCCGCCGGUGAGGCUGGGGCGAGAGGGGAGGGCUCUGGCUGCGGGAAAGAGGCCGAGAGCGGGAGGUCCAGCGCUGCGCAACUAGGCGGCUCCGCUCUUGCUCUCCCGGUGACCGGGCCAGCCCAGCAGGGGGGGCGGAUCUUGAGCCUCAGCAGUGCCUCUUGGGUCCUUCUGAUCCCCGCCCAGUUCCCCCGGGCCGCAGCAGCAGUGUGGCUAGGCCUGGCUCCCUCCGCGGAGCUCCCGCGGGCUGUUCUUUCGGCCAUAGGGGACGCAGAGGCGAGGCGAGGCAAGGCAGCGGGCUAUGCCCUGCGGCUGCCGCCCAGCGCUCCCUCCGGCCCUGUUGGAACUAGGAAGGCCAGCUGUCAGGUGUGCGGCAAACUAGGCCCAAAGCAGGCCUGCGGGGAACGGAGGGAGAGCAAAGCAGCCAGUGCCUCUUACUGGCGAGAAGCAGCGGCGGCGCCGCAGCCUCCCAACGCUUCUGCAACAAGCGCCACUUGGAGAGGCUUCCCUCCGGGCAGGCGGGGGGAAGUGGAAAGGAAGGAGCCGGACGAGGAGGCGUCGGAGCGGCCCAAGGCGCGGGGCCGGAGGAAGCCGCGGGUGCUCUUCUCGCAGGCGCAGGUCUUCGAGCUGGAGCGCCGUUUCCAGCAGCAGCGCUACUUGUCGGCACCCGAGCGGGAGCUCCUGGCCAGCAGCCUCAAGCUCACCUCCACGCAGGUCAAGAUCUGGUUCCAGAACCGGCGCUACAAGUGCAAGCGGCAGCGGCAGGACAAGGCGCUGGAGCUGGGCGGCUCGACCGCCGGAGCUCCGCAGCACCAGCAGCAGCCGCCGCUCCCCCCGCGUCGGGUGGCCGUGCCGGUGCUGGUGCGGGACGGCAAGCCCUGCUUGGGCGGCUCGCAGGCCUACAGCGCGCCCUACAACGCCGCCGCCUACCCCUACAAUGGCUUCCCCAACUACGCCUACACCGGCUCCCCCGCCGCGGCCUAUGGCGCCGGCUAUGGCUGCAGCUACCCGGCGGGCAGCGGCGGGGGCCCGUCGGUGCAGCCGCCCGCAGGGCCUUACGUGAACAUGGGGGGCUUCGGGGGUGGCGGGGGCGCUCAGCCCCUCCACCAGGGGACCCCCGGGCCCUCCUGCAGUCAGGGCAUCCGAGCCUGGUAG